AUGAAGCUCUUGUCAGUCGCAGCGGCCGUCUUUGGCCUGCUGUCGCCCGUCAUUGCUGCCGCGUCCCAGAGCGUCAAGCUGCCCGCCGACUUUAAGCCACCCCAGGUGUUCAAGAAUGCCAACCUGGUGCACGUCAUCUCGCUCGAGAAGAACUACGCCAAGGAGCAGAUCAAUGUCGCCAUCGAGAACGUAUCAAAAGAGCCGCAGGACGAAUACUAUAUUCCCUUCACAUCGUCGCAGAUUUCACGCGUCGGUGGCUUCGAGGUAAAGGAUCGCAAGGACGAAAAGGCAGGCCCGUUUGCUGCCGAAGUGGUCGAAUACGACGCCAGCAGCGAUACUCAAUACUACCGAAUCCGCCUCCCCAGCCCUCUCCAGGCUGGCGCUCAGCAGACACUCGGUAUCACUUUCUUCUACCUCGACGCGUACCGUCCACUCCCUGCGACCAUUGAACAAGAUGAGGCGCAAUAUCUUGUCCAUGAUUUUUCCGCUUUUGCCCCGUCUGCCUACAAGACGAGCAAGCAAAAGACUGAAGUCAAGUCCGCCUCGGCCACCAUCCCCGACUACACCAAGAUCGACAAGUUCCCGCAGAAGCAGGGCUCCAAGCUGACCUACGGGCCAUUUGAAGAACAGCCCGCUGGCGCCGUUUCUCCCGCCCAGAUCCGCUUCGAAUUCGCCAAGCCCGUCACUCAUGUGUCUGAGCUGGACCGCGAGGUCGAAGUCAGCCACUGGGGAGGCAACGUCGCCUUUGAGGAGCACUACACGCUGGAGCACCGUGGCGCCAACCUCUCUGCGCCUUUUAACCGCGCCAAGUGGACGCAGUCGCAGUACUUUAACCGUGGCUCGACGGCGGCGCUCAAGGAGCUCCGCGUCCCUCUGCAGAUUGGCGCGGCGGAUCCCUACUUCACCGACGUCAUUGGCAACGUGUCCACGUCGCGCUUCAGAAGCAAUAAGCGCGAGGCUCUCCUCGAGCUCAAGCCCCGCUACCCCAUCUUUGGUGGUUGGAAGUAUCCCUUUACUAUUGGCUGGAACAUCAACGCAGCCAGCAUCUUGCGCCGCACGGCCGCUGGCGGCAACGUGCUCAAGGUGCCUUUCCUGGAGGGUCCUAAACAGGCCGAGGGUGUCGAAUACGGUCGCGUCAACUUGCGCGUUCUUCUACCCGAGGGUGCUGAGAACAUCAAGUUCUUUACCAAUAUUCCCGAGUCGUCGAUUACUGAGACGUCUGUCGACGUUGUCAAGACAUAUCUGGAUACUCUUGGCCGCACAUCGGUUACCAUCAAGGCGGUGAACCUGGUUGAUGAAUUCCGCGACCGUCACCUCAUCAUUUCCUACGACGCCACUCUCGCCUCGUCAUUGCGCAAGCCAAUUGUCAUUUUUGCAAGUAUGAUGACUCUGUAUUUCACAGCGUGGGCGAUUGGAAACAUCAAGGUUGGGUUCAGCAAGAAAUAA